AUGCAGACAAUAACAAGCAUUGCAGCUAGUCGAGCAAAACUGAGAUACAACUGGAAGGAGGAGCACAACGUCGGCCGGCCUCUGGAUCGGUCAGCAUUUACAGUGGCAAUAGUGCAGCUUGCCGAUAUUCUUGCAGAAGCCGUUCUUGCUGAUGUUGUCCCUGGCACAGGCCGACUGCUGGCACCACGCAUUGCAAUCUUCGUUCUUCUCCGGCACCGGGCAGCCUACGUUCUCCAGCUCGUUGCCCCACAGCCCAUCUCUUCCUGCAGCCCACCUUUUCUCUUGUCCCGAGUGCAGCCCAUCUACACCGAGCCCUCGCUGGCAGCCUCGUUCUCAACCUGUACGGCAGCCAUCGUAACGGUGCCACGUCCGGACCUGCUCGAUGGGACGUUGAUCUCUCCACAUUCUUUUCUCUACAAAACGAGCUACCCUGCAGCCUACCAAAACCUAGCUCCAUACUCCUUCCUUUCCGCCGCCACUCCUCUCUUUCCCUCGUCGUUCACCCUCCUCUUCCUACAUCCCGAGAGAAUAAACGCUCGUUUCCAUCCUCGACCGCGUCCGCUGGUCGCCGGCGGUCUCCGUCUCCACCGUGCGCUGCUGCGCGCCUCUACCUCGCCUCCCAUCGUCAUCAUCCGCCUCCGGCCGCGUCGCUGCGCUGCUGCGGCCAGUACUGCGUCUCCGCCUCCGCCUCCGGCCGUUUCAUCCCGGCCGACCGCCUCUAGCUCGCCAAGCAUCGACACCGUGGCCACGACGGCGUCAUCGAGCACCUCGCCGCUCGACUCUCCUUGGCUGUUUCGGCAACGUCGCUGCCUGCACCAACCUUCUCCGCCAACGAAGGUCGCCGUUCCAGGCGUUCUCGUCUCCGUCCGCUGCACUGAAGGCCAGCAUCAAAGCCACGCCACGGCCAAGCGCGCAUCCGCCGUCGACACCUCUGGCCGGCCGGCUCCGUCCGCUUCCGUCGCCCCUCCAUCUAUCAGUAUCGCGUGUACCAGGAGGCAAAGGAGCUGCUUUGUUGGUUCAGUGUGGUGCAGUACACGGCCACGACAUGAUCUGAUGCUAGCUCAGCUGUUGGACCCAUCCGUCAGUGACCUCCGGUGACACAUCUGCUGCAGAUCCCAGUCAGCUUCCCCAGGCCCCGUCUGUCAUCCCCUCUGGCUCGGAUUUGCUCGCAUUUGCUUCUUCGCGGAUAGGAUCACGAAGUGGUGUGGUGAGAUACGACAAGUUCUCCGGAUGUUCCUCGGCAA